UGAGCUGACUCUAAUGCGAGCAGAUCAGCAUGUGAAAAUCGGAGCGCCCAGAUUAAGUCGGGAAAUCGUUGGAUUUGGCGGUGUCGGUUCCGGAAGGAAUUUUACACUCGGGAAAUUUUCCACGAACAUUAUUAUAGACAAUGAGUCGUACUGUAUAACCAUACACGUAGUUCCAGACACAGUGAUGCAACAUUCGCUUAUUAUUGGCGCAGACUUUUUGGACACUGUUGAAAUAAGUAUAAAAGGGGGAGAAUCUUUUAUUAGUAGAAUAAAGGACGAAAAUCCCGAUGAGUGUCCGGAAGUCCUCAAGAUAGAUGUAGAGACACAGGCGAGUGAGAUAGAUUUGUCACACGUUAAGGACAUGCAACAUAGGCUAAAAAGAGAUUUGAAGAGAACCAAAGCAUUGCUAAGAGACGCUCAAACGAUGCUGGAGAGAUCGAAAGGUGACUCGACGGGUAAAGCAGCUUUACGACAGCUGAAGAACCAGUUAGAAGAUGCAGAAUGCGCUAGAGCAGUUGCAGUUAAAGCGAAACAGGCACUGGAGCAAGAACCGAAUGAGACGCAGGCUUCGUUGCAGGAAGUACUGCGGCAACGUUCCGAAGCAGAAGAUCGUGUUAAUGUAGCUAGUCGCGAACGAACUGAGCUACUGUCGCAAUUGGAAGAAAAUAAAGAAGAGUUAGCAGAAGUUUUGAAGAAGUAUCGGGCAGCUGUGCAGCAAGUGUCGGAGGAACGGAGAAUAGUGGCAAGACACGUGGUGAUUGGUAAAGUGGACCACGAGAUGGUGUCCUCGUCGGAUUCUUGCGGCCAGCAGGAGGACUUAGCGAACAUCACGAGGAGGAAGAAUCUGGCUAAACAACAGCAACAGGAUGUUGUUGAUGAUAUUUGCGAAUUUACUGAGAAGGAUAGCGUUGCGGAUGUGAGGGUUGUUUCAAGUUUUCGGAUAGACUCGAAGAGAGUGAAUGCAAGGCGAACGAAAAGACAAGGGAAGUCGCACGUGCGGAAUCCCUCCAAUAAUAUCGAUAUACAGAGGAUGUGGAUGGCGAGGACGACGAUGGGAUUGUCGAGGACACGAUGAACGUGAAGACCUUCGAAAAAGAAGAGAUCAUAGUCUCGGUAGAUGGUAAGUUGUUAACGUCUUCCAUGUACGAACCGAGCCUACGAAAAUGUCACGAUGCUGCCACGACGAUCAAAGCCCCUGACAAGAGUGAAAUGGGUAAACAAACAACGGAGAGGAAGAUAGAGGAAGAGCGAAAGAGGAGCAGUAGCAUCGAGGACGAACAGGCCGCGGUGUUCCAAGAGGAACGAGAUCAGCUGCGUGCGGACGCAAAGAGACGGAUUGAGGAGAUCCAAAUCCGAAACAAGCGGGCGUAUAACAGGAGACGCAAGAAGGCGACAGCAUACAGGACGGGAGAUCUAGUGGCAAUCGAGAGGAUGCAGAGGGGUCCCGGGCUAAAGCUGCAUCCGAAGUUUCUUGGACCGUAUCGGGUGAUAAAAGUCCUGCGAAAUGACCGAUACAUAGUGCAGCGAGAGGGGGAGCACGAAGGGCCACGUACAACUUCCACGGCAGCCGAUCACAUGAAAUGGUGGAAUGCUGACGAUAGUGAUGUAAGUGCGAGCGGCGAUGAUGAGCACAUCUGAGGGCAGAUGUGAUUGUCAGGAAAGGCCGAUUGUAAUAUCGUAGAAUAGCUUUGAUUGGAGAUCGGCUGAAAAUAGAAAAACCGUGUACGUCGUGUUUCUGUGGUUCGUUUACAUUUAAGAGUGCCUACGUGACUAAAGGCACGUAGUUGGUAGUUCUUACAUAGGUAUGAGGGAAACAAUAGACAACGUUAAAAGAAGGACGGUUUCGCUAUUCAAGGCGAAUCGAAAAGUGUGCGUGUUGCGAGAAUCAGAGUUGAUCGAGACGUCGAAGCAUAGAGUCGUUAGAAUUGAGUUGCGAGUGUUGUCGAGUGUUAGAGUUGCUAGUGAGAGAGAGAGAGAGAGAGAGAGAGAGAGAUUAUUUGUUGUAAAUACGAGCGUUGCAUUUAGUUUUCCUGUUAAUCAAACAUCGUUUCUCUGUCUAACUAAUAUCUGUAUUUUCAAUCCAUUAUUAAUAAAUUAUAAUUAAUCGAACAAAAUUACACCUUUAAUAUAUUCCGAUAUUACAUUACCGUGAUGUAAUAUUUAUCAUGCUUAUUUUGUACGUAAAACGAAUCGUUGGAAUAUUCCCGAAGCUAACGAAGCAUUUCCCAAAAGUUAAACCGAAGAGAU